AAAGGGGGUGAUGGUAUGAACUUCACCAAAUCUUUCUGGGUUAGUGCUGCUGCAGAGAUGGCAACACACCCAUGUCCCAAAGGCACUUCCAAGACACCUGAAGCCUGCCAAUCCAAAUGGACUUGGAUCAAAAAGAUGUAUCAGGUGGUCAACAAAAUUGCUAGCCAUGCCUCUGGUCCAUCAUUCCACUCAGAAUUAGGAGCAAACAUCACCACAGAAUCUGAGACUAUGUGGGUGGACUUUGUUAAGCAUAACCCCUCAGUGAAGCCUUUGAGAAACAAAGGAUGGGCACACUAUGAGGCACUGCAAGGCAUCAUU